CACGCAACUCGAUACCAUCUUCACCGCCGCUUGCCAGUGGCUUUCCGUGCAUCGGAACCGGAGUGAAGAGACGAAAGCCAGGCUCUCAUAAAUAGGGAUGCAGGCUUCAAACAAUAAGGUUAUGUUUCCUGACCAUGAUCCCGCUUCUCUUGCUGCUCAGCACUAAACCCCACAAUGUCUCUCCUUUGGGUCUUGUGGAUCUUUCCUCUUCCCGUUCUCUCCUACGCUCCCUUUCUUGGCCAUCUCUUUAUCUGUGACCACAGAGAUUUUCCUUCAGUUCAUGUAGAGCCAUCACAUUACUUGCAGCUCGUAUUCUCACUUGAUUCCAUAAAACCAACGAAGAUCUUUAGUCAAUGUUCAUCCAAGGCAACACCAGUGCAAAGUCUCAAUGUCAACUCAACCUCUACAGCCGAGUCUUUCACCAGCCCUUCAUCUUCAUCACUCCUAACCACACCUCAAAACUAUUCACCCUCCCCAGCCACCCACACAAGCAACUUUCAUCACUUCGUCCCGCACAUUCUCAUCUCCAUCUUAAUCAAGGUGAGCCCUGACUUUUCAUCCAAACUUCAUUCUCUAUUCAUUCUAUCUCUUUUAACAACACUACCUUAUCGUCAUUAACACUCAACCCCUACAUGAAAUAUUCUCUCAUCUCGCAACAAAAGCCAGCCAUUAAUCCGCCACCAAAUACAUCACCAUGCCCCGAAAUCCCCAAAUCAAAAAACAUAACAACAAUUUUUAUUUUAACACAUCGGAGGUAUUAGGGGCACCUAAUAAAAACAGCAGUUUGCGCCCCAACCCCAUACAGAAAGGCAGAAACAAACGGAAUCUCCUUUCCUCCUCCCUCCAAUCCAACAACGACAAGAAAAAAAAGGCUCAAAUCCAAAAGAGCCUAAAACCCAAUCCAAAAACCGCAAAAGAAAAAGCCCAAAUCCAAAGCCAAAAAAAGAUCCAUGGUAUCAUCCCCAUCUCCAACCCGCCCUCCAUGCCCGAGUCGGCAUCCCUCAUCCCUCCAAAUCAAUACUUAGUCCACUUCCUAGAAGAAGAAACUCCCCAUCCCUGAGGCAAGCCUCCCCAUCAACCCCCUCUUCUUGCUGCUAGACCCAGCAUACAUAGCCCCGUUAUAAAUCGUCGGCGGAACCGUCACCAUCCCCGUGGUAUCCAAAUAAUCCUGCGUAUUGCCCGCC